AUGGCUUUCGCUUUCAUCAAAACCUUAUUCCUCUUCGUCUCCUUCACGGGCCUCCUCCUCCGUGCCCACGCCGCCCGCACGCCGCAGGCCCGCGUCUGGUCCCUCUGCAAGCCCACCACCAAUCCAGUUGUGUGCUUCACAACCAUACUUCCUCAUGUCAUAACCUUACGAAAAUUUAAUGCCUACACUGCUCUAGAAAUAGAGAUUGAAACCACACGGGAACUGGUCGUAAACACUACGAGCCUCGUCAAUAGACUCCUCACGAACCCAACCAAUUCCAAGGAUCUGAACGAUUCCCUCCAAAUAUGCUCCGAACAAUUCGAUAACAUGAUGGACUCCAUUAAAGAAACCAUGACGGUAGUGGCUCUGCGCAACGCCGCCGAGGCACGCUUCAAGUUCAGCGCGGUGCUCUCGUACCUCUCGGCAUGCACCGACGAGUUCAACAAUUCACCGAUUGUGAAGGAGGGGAAGGACUUGUACGAUCUUGGAGGGAACUGUUUGGAUAUUAUGAAAGCCAUUGAAGAUAGAGAGAGCCGUCGUCGCCGAGGACAACCGAUGGGAAGCCCAAUCGUUGGCCCACCACCAGCAGUUCUUACCCCGUGUCAGAAUUCAGUUGGGCCUUGCACUUAG